AUUCCCUUCUCCUGCACAUAGUUUCAGUACCUACCAGUCUGCCCAUCACCAGACGGCGAUAAUCCCUUUAGUUUCAUGUUUCAGUCUCUGCUUUGGCCCUGAUCAUCCACCCUAUCUCUAGUUCCCCUCUCCAGCCAUCCUAUCAAGCUUUGCUGUCAAUCAGACGCUCGCACCACAAUGACGUGACAUUUCCUGCCUUUGUCCUACCUGCCUACCUCAACUUACAGCUCCAUUGACAACACACACGCACACACCUUGACCCCUUGGUGGUCGACUGUACAAACCACACUUUCUACGUUCUACAUUAUAUUACAUACUAAGCCUUUCUCUGGAAAACAUGUCUGACUCCAACGGACCACCUUCGCCACGACCCCAGCAUCGUCGACGUUCGUCCAUCGUCGAUAUGUUCAAUCCACGCCCUAAUUCGAACUCUCUUUCCUCUUCUCCCCCAUCCCAUACCGUUCCAUCCACUCCCAGUGUACCCCAACAUCGAAGAGGCGCAUCAAUCACCUCGCUUGGCCUGACGACCAAUCCAGCGGGACAAUCACCUUACAACAAUGCGUUUGCACGCCAGAGACGAGCAAGCAUUGCAACCUCAUCCGCCUCAGGCUCCCCGGAUUUCCGAAAUAGCUUUGGCGAUGAGCCAGCCGUGAUUGAAGAGGACGAUUCCACCAGUGCAAGCUUGCAACCUCCGCCGUCGCCUUCUUUUGCACGAAGAGUGAGUUUUGGAGCACAGGCUUUACGGGAUGUGAGGCUAGGCACAAGCCCUAGCAAUACCGGCAACACCGGCGGUGGAGAAGGAUUCAAUUGGUCUGAAGCCAUCCGAGACCGUAGUAAACGAUCCCCCUCAUUUUCCACCGGCAACCCAUUCGCCUCCAAUACCUCUCGUCCGCGAGCCUCGAGCAUUUCCGAUCCUGCACCACCCAAAGAAAUCUCCAAGCCCAUGGCCGAUCCCGCCCCAAAGUUGAAGAAGCCAGAUCACCUGGGUGAGAGAAUGCUGCGAGGUGACUUUAUGAUGGAUUGAGGACAAGACCUUUGGAAGCAGAAUCGGGAAACUGUACAAUCAAGCGAUGCUCUGUACAUGACAUGGCGACACAUGUUUGUUUGAUGAUGUAUGUUGGGGGCAUGUUGAGAACAAGGCACGGUAUCUGUUGGAUCUACCUCUGGGAGAAAUGUUUACAUUCGUUUUCCGGUAUGGCAUAUCAGGGUCCUCUUGCGGGUCUAUGGUGCGGAGAUGAAGAUUGGCGAUGGACGAUAUCUACGUAUGCUUGACGUUACAGCAGCUCAAGGAAUUGAGACCAUGUCUAGGUAUGAAAUGAAUGAUUUGAGACAAAAC